CACAUCCUCAUCUCCUGUAUCAUUGCAUCUCAAAAAUCAGACAGAAAAGCGAUGAGUGCUGAAUUUACAAUUACUCUGUCAAUUGCUUUCAUCCCAUCAUAAUUCUUGCAUCUUUCCUGCAUUGAGCCCAAAAUACAUACGCCUUCUAUUUUUUUUAUUUUAGCUUCUCCCACUUAGUGAAUAUCUUCCAUCCCACUUGCAGCUUCGUCCACUUCUUGGACAUUGCAGAAUUUUGCUCGAUCAUUACUUCUGUGUCUUUCUCUGGUGUUUAGCGGGGGGUACUGCUCCCUGCCUUGUUUUUUCUCGCUACUUGGAAUCUUGCAAUUCAUUAUCCGGUUCGCCCUCUGAUAUCGUCAUUAUGACGAUCUAUAUCGCUUCUUUGUUUCUCCCCUACACCGUCAAUUUCCAUGUCCAUGACUCGAACCACCAGUGUCCCCGACCGGCCAGUCCCCCACCUCCUCAGCCAUCCGCCGACCCUCCGAAUCCAGCCCCCAAUCCCGUCAGCCUGUUCGAGAAGGAAAAUGGUCCUCCCACGGUGGGUCUCACGCCCGGGGCCACCACCGAGCAUGAGCGGAUCUUCUCGUCCACCCUCGACAGGGCGGAACAUCACGGCACUGGGUUCCCGUUCCCCAACCCGGAUGAUAACAUCAAUCGCAUGACGGAGAGUGAGGCCCAUUCGCCAGCCUGGGGUGCAACCUUGUCGUUGAACCAGCCAAGACCACAGGCCGCGUUUUCGCCCUCGCCCUCCAUCCUCAAACACCAAGAUUCGACCACUCCGGCCGUGGAGCCCCGGCCCGAGAAGCAGAAGCCGAAGCCGAAGGCCGUGGAGCCGGUGACGGUACCGACCUACUUGACCGACCGCCGCCGGAGGGACAGCCGCAAGGUCUCCUUCUCGGACGCCAGCUGGACGAUCCAGAUCGCGGAGCAGGGCAACGGGGGACUGCGCAAUGCAGUGCGGUCCGCCACCGACGCCGGUCACCUGGAGGACAAGGUGUGGGUGGGCACCUUGGGCAUGCCCACCGAUGCCUUGCCCCCGUACACCAAGGCCGCCAUUGAGGAGAAGCUUGAGGACGAGUACGGGUCGCUCACCGUCUACGUCCGGGACGGCGACUUUGACGGGCACUACACGCACUUUUGCAAGACCAUCCUCUGGCCCGUGUUCCACUACCAGAUCCCCGACAACCCCAAGAGCAAGGCCUACGAAGAUCACUCGUGGAUCUACUACGUCAAGGUCAACCAGGAGUUCGCGAACCGGAUCGCCCGGACCUGGAAGCGCGGCGACUCCAUCUGGGUGCAGGACUAUCACCUCUUGCUGGUGCCGGGUAUGCUGCGGAAGCUGCUCCCCGACGCCCAGAUCGGCUUCUUCCUCCACAUCGCCUUCCCGUCCUCCGAGGUCUUUCGGUGUCUCGCCCCGCGCAAGGAGCUCCUCCAGGGCAUGCUCGGGGCCAACCUCAUCGGCUUCCAGACCGACGAGUACUGCCGGCACUUCCUCCAGACGUGCAGCCGGAUCCUGAACGUUGAAGCCACUAACGACGGGCUGCAGCUGGAGGAUCGAUUCGUAAACGUGGGCAAAUUUCCUAUCGGCAUCGACCCCACCUCGUGGGACCAACGGCGUCAAGCCGCCGACGUCGACCUGUGGAUCAAGCUCAUCUCCGAGCGCUACGAGGGGAAGCGGCUGAUUGUAUCUCGCGACAAGAUCGAUCAGGUCCGCGGUAUCCGUCAGAAGCUCUUGAGCUAUGAGCUCUUUCUCAACACUUACCCGGAAUGGCGAGACCAGGUGGUGUUGAUACAAGUGGCCACCAGUACCACAGAGCAGCCCGAGCUGGAAGCUACCAUCUCCGAUAUCGCCAUGCGGAUCAACUCGACGCAUUCCAACCUCGCGCACCAGCCGCUCGUCUUCCUCAAGCAAGAUCUGGCCUUCCCCCAGUACCUAGCCCUGAUCUCGGUUGCGGAUGCUCUGAUGAUCACGAGCCUGCGCGAAGGGAUGAACCUGACGAGCCAUGAGUUUGUCUACUGCCAGGAUGGCAAGUACGAAUCCAAGAAGAAGUUCGGGUCUCUCAUCCUCAGCGAGUUCACGGGAAGCGCCUCCGUGUUCGGCCACCACGCGCUCUUGGUCAACCCGUGGGACUACCGGCAAUGCGCGGAAGCGAUCCACACAGCCCUCUCGCGGAGCGAGGAGGAGCGCCAACGCGUGUGGACGGAGCUGCACCGGGCGGUGCUGCAAAAUUCGACCGAGAACUGGGUCAAGACCUUCAGCGAGACGUUGAACCGGGUGUGGAACGAACAGUCGUCGCGGGAGAUCAUGGCGGUGCCGCGGCUGCCUGUCAACAAGCUGGAACAGAUGUACCACCGGUCGGCCUGCCGGCUCAUCAUCAUGGACUAUGAGGGCACACUGGCCUCGUGGGGCUCCCCGAAGAGCAUCAUCGUCACGACGCCCCAGCGCGCCAUCAACACGCUGGCGGAGCUGACCGAGGACCCCAAGAACAUCGUCUACGUCAUGAGCUCGCGGAUGCCCGAGGAGAUGGAGCGGCUGUUCCGGCUGGUGAGCCGAUUAGGCCUCAUCGCGGAGAACGGCUGCUUCGUGCGGGAACCGGGCGCGGAGGAGUGGUGCAGCCUGACGGACCGGGCGCAGACGGACGCCUGGAAGGAAGGGGUCAGCCACAUCCUGGCGUACUACCAGGAGCGGGCCGAGGGCAGCUGGAUCGAGCAGCGGCACUGCUCCUACGUGUUCCACUACGGCUCGGCCGAGGACCAGGAGAUGGCUUCGCGGCUGGCGUCGGCGUGCGCGGGCCACAUCAACGACGCGUGCGCCAGUCAAGGGGUGCACGCCAUCCCGGUGGACAACUCGCUGGUGGUGGAGCCGGCGGACACGAACAAGGCGACGGCGACAGCGCUGGUGUGGCGAUGGUGCCUGGAGCACAGCGAACGGGGGGACAUCGAGCAACGUCCGGACUUCCUGCUCGCGCUGGGGGAUGGACGAGACGACGAGCCGGUGUUCCGGUGGGCGAAUAAACUGGAACGGGCGCGGCUGGUGAACUACGUGAUGACGGUGACGCUGGGGUUUCGCAGCACGGAGGCGAAAGCGUAUUUGACGCAGGGUGUGGCUGAUCGACUCGCAAUUGCUUUCCGAACGUCAACAAUGAGCCCCAACGUCCCCGCCGCCAAUGCCGCGUUCGAGGACGCAACACAGAUCAAGCCUUUAGGCGGAGGGCGAUAUGAAGCCAACUUGGAGGGCGAGUGGUGUGUCGGAGCUGUCCCCCACGGCGGCUACACAACCUCCGUCUUCUACCGCCUAGCCCUAACGCACUUCGCGCACGCCCACCCAAACCACUACACGGAACCCGCAACGCCCAUCUCCAUGCAACUAACCUUCCUGCGCCGCACCGGAACCGGCCCCGCCAUCCUCACAGUCGAAGACAUGAAGCUCGGCGCGCGCACGAGCACCAUCCACGCAAAGCUCUCCCAACCCAGCCCGAAAGCGCCGCACGCCCUCGAAGUCAAAGUCGCCGGCUACAUCACCGUCAGUCCCAGCUCUGCCGAAGUGGGCAUCACCGCGCCCACGCACUGGGGCCUGCACCCUGCUGUGAGCCUUGAUAAACUCAGGGAGAGCGAUAGUGACGGCGUGUGGUCGUAUCUCCCCGUGCCGUUCUCGGAGUUCCGCCGCGCGGGCCGGCAGGUUAGGCUUUACGGGCCGGACCCGAAGAAGGCGGAGGCGCCGCAGACGGGCGUCGUGGAUCAGUGGGCGCAGUUUUGUCCCGCGGGGAACAGGGCAGGGAAGUGGACGGACGCCGCGGUGGCGUUUCUGGCGGAUAUGUUUCCUGCGGCGCUGGAUCGAUUUGAUUCGAUGGCUUCGAGUGCGGAGGGUGGUGGUGGUGGUGGUGGGGUUGGGGAGGGGGGCAAGAUUGCGAGGUUUUGGUAUCCGACUGUGACGUAUAAUGUGGAUUUCAAGAAGCGGUUGCCGGUUGGUGGGGCGGAUUGGUUGUAUAGUCGGAUUCAUAGUAAGGUGAUGAGGGAUGGGCGGACGGAUAUUGAUGUGGUUAUUUUGGAUGAGGGGGGCGAGGUGGUUGCUAUUGCUAGUCAGGUUGGGUUGGUGGUGAGUUCGAGUCGGAAUUUGGGGAAGAAGGCGAAGAUUUGAGCUCUGGUUUCUUUGGGGGUGUAUAUUUGGGGGUCUUGUGAGUGAGUGAGUGAGUGAGUGUACAUAUGAUCUAUUUAUUAUGUCUAUAAAGUAUAC